AUGGAUUUCAAAUCAAUCAAUGAAAUACCAGAAUCAACCUAUGCUGAAUAUAAUUGUCUUGAUGUUUUACGUUUAGCAACAGUACGUGGAGCUGAAUUAGCAGCUUUCGAGUCUAGUGUUAAUGUUUUAACUAGUUCAGCACUAACUGGACUUCAACGAUUACCUGUACGUUUAAGACGGCGUGCUGCUAGUCAUCGUAUCAAUAGAUUACCGCAUCGUUUUCAUAGACAUCAUCAUCUUACAAAUCCUAAUGAGAAUGGUUCAAAGUCUGGGACAUUCAGCGCUAAAAAUAAAUUAAAAUCUCGUCGAUAUCGUCGGCGUACACUACGUCUUCUAGCUGUACAUGCACGUUUCAUACUAACAAAUAAACAUAAUAAUCAGUUAAAAAAAACCAAAAAACCAUUUUGGUUACCAACGCAUAUAUGGCAUGCUAAACGAUUUCAUAUGACUACAAAAUGGGGUUGGCGUUUACCGUAUGCACCAACAAAUAAAAUAUUCAAAGCAUGUCAUAAAGCAUCUCAUAAUGGUUGUUUAUUAUUUGACUAUAGUUAUCUUCAUUGCUUUCAAUUAUAUGGAAUUGAGAAUAUGUUAACCAGAUGUUUAAAUAGCAUAUUUCGAUUAGAUUGUCAAUUGGAUUCUUACCUUCCUAAAUUAUCAUCCAAUAUGAAAACUCCACUAUGGUCAUGUGAACAGACUGGAAUUUUAUAUGCAACUAAUAAACAUGUGAAUGAUAUUUCACGUCCAGUACUUGGACCUGUUCGUAUUUUAUGGGGUGCAUUAAAUUCUUUAAACGAAAGUUUUCGUCAUCUCUGGUUAUGGCUUCAUCCAUCAAUGUCGGAAUCAGCUUGGGAAUUAUUACAAACUGUUAUUGAUGAAAUAAACUCUUCAAAUGAUACACAAUGUUGUACAACACUUCUUCAAUUAGAUGAUGUAACUGGUUACUUUUGUCGUCUUCGUUUAAUUGGUCGACAAUCACAUGGUUUAAUCAGUGAUAUUAUUCAAUUAAAAAAUGGACAUACUGUUGAUGAAAAUUGGACAUGUUGGAAUUAUCUGUCGACAAAUAUACGUGAAGCUGUUUGUAUUCCACCGGGAUUUGUUAUCAGUUUGCAAGAUUGUGAAAAUUUUCGUUCUAAUAGACCACGUUUAAAAAUUCGUAAUCGAAAUUGGUCUAUCAUGCCAAUCAAAUUAAAAAAUGGUAACCAUGCUCAACAACAACAGCAACAUCAAUUUGAAACAAUUGAAUCGUUAGAAAACAAAUCUGGUUUUGUUCUACCUUCUGGUGAACAAUUAUCGUGGUUAGAUAUUGAAAAAUUCUAUACAAAUUACAAUAAUUCACCUGAUCAAUUAUUAUCAACAAAAUCUAAUCUGGAAACGAAAGAAAACAGUGUAGAUAUUGUUUUAGUCCAAAAUAGUACACCAUCAUUGAUUCGUUUAUCGCCGGAAACUAUCGGUUGGGAUAUUAUUAUACGACGAAAUUUUCCACAGUCAACAAAUGAACUAUUACUUCGUGGUUCUUUAGCUGCACGUGAUUUUCUCAUAGCAUGUGUUUAUCGAGGCGCUGAAGUUGGUGGUCUACGUGAUUUACAUUAUUGGGCUGGACUUGGAACACGUGCAGGUGGACAUUUUGAUGCAUUUCCAGAUACAUUAUGGCCUGAUACUUUAGCUGGUCAAAAAUCAGCAGAGAAUUUAACUCAGGAGCGUUUAAAUAAAUUUCUUCAUCUUCCAAGUAAUUUACGUCCUGAUUUUACUAAAUUCGGUAUUACACGUCCGUUUGUUUAUCCAUGGUCUGAAUUGAUUAUGCAACAUUCCAAAAGUAUUUUAAAAACUACUGAUUCAAUUAUUUCUAACAACAAUAAUAAUGAUACAUUGACAACAAAUUCAAAUGAUAACAACAAAUGGUUUGUUCUACGUGAACCAGGAUUACUUCGUUUAGUUGUUCAUCGGAUGAUAGUUGGAGAAAAUCGUGCUAAAUUAACAUUAGAACAGCUGUACAAUUAUAAUCCAUUACUUUUAAAUGCAAUUAUUCUAGUUUAUCUGAAAACAGAACAUCGUGGUGUACCACAAGCAUAUGCACGUAUUUAUGCAUUUUAUCCUAAUCAAUCUAGCAAACACAAUUCAAGAAAAGAUAAUAAUAAUAAUAAUAAUAAACUUGUCAUCAAUUCAACUGAUGGCAAGCCCUCUUCACAUGAUCAUCAUCAACUUUUAAUUGGUUAUGUUCAAGAUGGUGGUUAUGGUCAAACAGUAGGUCGUGGAAUUGGACUGGGUUUUAUCAGUUUGAGUGCUUUAUCAAAUGCGUUAAAUAUGAUUCAUACUCAAAAAAGAAUAAAAUAUUGUAUUCAAAAUCCAACAUCUCAUCAAACUUAUGUUGUUCGACUGUCUGUAGUGAUUUGA